GGGCCAUGGAGAUUGCCUUUUUAGGAGACACCUGAUCACAGCUGAGCUUGCCGCCACCCAGCACAAAGAAACUGUGGCUGAUAACAUGAUGCUUUAGUGUGUGUGUGCGCGCAAACUCUUGGUACUGAGAGACAACUGAUGAGAAACUAAAAGAGAGCUAUUAUGUAGCAGACACAGAGGUCUGUGAUAGUAUCGGCCAUGUUUUGGGAUGAGACACUUGGUUCCAUACCCACCGUUGUGUGACCAUGACUCUACUGAUGUGAAGAAGACUGAAGCUGAAAGGAGUUCAGAUUUUGGCAUUUUUGUGAGAAGUCUUUUAGUUCCCACGUGAGGUGCGUCGGCUUCAGUCGAGAAAAGAUCUUUUCUCUUGGUUAGCCAGCGUGAGCAGAGCCCAGUAUCAUGGAGAAAUUCAAGGCAGCCAUGGUUCUGGGUGCUGCUGGUGAUGCCUUGGGCUACAGAAAAGGCUGUUGGGAAAGCUGCACCUCAGGCAAGAAGAUCCAAGAGGAACUGGCCUCUCUGGGGGGACUGGGAGCCCUGAAACUGGAUCCUGAUAACUGGCCUUUGAGUGAUGCGACACUGAUGCACAUGACCACAGCAGAAGCUCUGGUAACAGAUUACUGGUGUCUGGAAGACCUGUACCGGGAGCUGGUGCGUCUCUAUGUUGAAGCCACGGUGUCUCUCCAGGGCAGGCCCCCUGAUCCUGCCACAGUGGAAGGCUGUGUCCACCUCAAACCUCACAACUUCCUGCUUGCCUGGCACACACCCUUCAAUGAAAAAGGGUCAGGGUUCGGAGCAGCUGCCAAGGCCAUGUGUGUGGGUAUGAGAUACUGGCAACCUGAGAGACUAGACAGCUUGGUGGAGGUUAGCACUGAGAUUGGCAGAAUGACCCACAACCACCCCACAGGCUUCCUUGGCUCCCUGACAACAGCAGUGUUUGCAUCCUACGCGAUCCAGGGGAAACCUCUUGUGACCUGGGGCCGCGAGCUCAUGAAGGUCAUCCCUCGAGCUGAGGAGUACUGCAAGAAGACCAUACGACACAUGGCAGAGUAUCAGGAAAACUGGUUCUACUUCGAGGCCAAGUGGCAGUUUUACCUGGAAGAGAGAGAGAUAGAGAAGGAGGGACAGAACAAACCUUUGAUCCCUGAUCGCUAUGAUGCUGAGGAGACAGACAAGAUGUAUAAGCGCUGGAGCUCAGAGGGCCGUGCAGGCCGGAGAGGUCACGAUGCACCCAUGAUAGCCUACGAUGCUCUUCUAGCGGCGGGUAGCGACUGGGCUGAACUAUGCAAACGAGCCAUGUUUCACGGAGGUGAGGGUGAAGCCACAGGCCUGAUCGCAGGUUGUCUCUAUGGCCUCAUGCAUGGUCUGAGCCAGGUUCCCUCGGGGCUGUACAAGGAUUUGGACAAAAGAGAGCGCCUGGAGGAGCUGGGAGAGGCGCUUUACAAAGCAGCAUCUGCAGAGAAGUGCAUAGACAAGUAAUCCAGAUCUUCAAUGGCCUGAACCCCACUGGCUAUCAGAGGAACUGCGCAUUAUCAUAAAAUUGCUUCCCUUUAUUACGCACUAGCCUCUCAUGCUCCUUGGGAGUAUAUUUAUAGUCUUGAGUGGCACUCUAUCCUCCUCUCACUGCUCUUGCCCACAUCACCUUGAUUGUGCUAUACACAGACCUGUCAUGAAUUAAAGGUAAAGCACCUGUCACUGUUGGUGUGAGGCAGAGGAACAUCACAAGGGACACCAUUUAGGGUACUUAGUUUCUGUCUUUGUCUGACAUUUCAGUUUUCCUGUGAGAUCAUCUCUCUCGAAGUACACCUGCAGUCAAUCUGCACAAAUUUCAUGCUCUGUUUAUUGCAGUUAGGAGUAGCUUGUCUAUAUCACUCAAAGUAAUAUGAAAACACAGAACAGUGGAGAAAAGAAAAAGAAAACUCUCUGGCCUGUAUAGCUUUUAUUGUUACUUAGACAGUCUAGUAAACCAGUUAACUAAUCAACAAACAAAAUAUAAUUUCUUUCUUUGAUCUUUUCCUUUUAUAAAGCUAACCUGUAUUAACAUGAAGCAUAUGGAUAUGUUGUGUCAUGGAGGAUCUAAUUCAACAAAAUCAGCAUAAAACAUUAUGUAAAGUUUUGAUAAAGCCUGAUUUUACAAUAUGUCUCUCUCUGCAGUAAACCUCAAUGGCCUUUAAUCUUCCUUGACUUUUUAAUGCAUGCAAAAUGUGGUGGAAAGUUUGAGAUGAUUUUAACAUUUAAGCAUAACAUGUGAAAAAGUAGCAUUUUAUCUUAUACUGUGAUCAUUAUUUGCACUGCAAUGCUCUUAUCAGGCGUAGUGUACUAUAUUCUGAAAGCACCAUUACAUGGUGAAUAUUAAUAUGACAUGAACAUUAAAAUGGACUCGGAUAUACAUCACGCAUGAAGUGCCUGUCUCUCUUUAUCUUAACGACAACAUUUGAUGGACAGCUUGUCUGCUAUUUCCUCUUGCUACACAACCCUCCUCUACAAUUCCCUGAACUAAUCACCUGUAACAAGCUGACACUGUGAGAACACUUCAAGUCAUUUUAGCUCC